AUGGUUUCAAGCCGGUCCAAUUCGAUCUCAGAGACAAACGAAAUUAAAUCUUCUGCACUAGAACUCAUCGGUAACACUCCCCUUGUGGCAUUAGACCGACUUUACACGGGACACGGAAGAAUUAUAGCCAAAUGUGAAUUCAUGAAUCCUGGAGCUUCUAUCAAAUGUCGUGCUUCCUUUAACAUGAUUGACAAAGCUCGUAAGUCCGGCGAACUAAAACCUGGUGCUCCAGUUGUAGAAAUUACAUCAGGCAACCAAGGUACUGGUCUUGCCGUAGUUUGCGCCGUAUUGGACCAUCCAUUGACAAUAGCUAUGUCGGCCGGUAAUAGUGCGCAGCGAGCAAUACAUAUGGAAGCUCUUGGUGCAACGUGCAUCAAAGUACCACAAGUAAGUGGAGUACCCGGCAGUGUAACAUCAGAUGAUCUAAAGGCAGUUGAAGAUUGUGGUUUAGAGCUGGUUGAAAAACUGAAUGCAUUCUUUGUCAAUCAAUUUAAUAACUCGAAUAAUCUAUUGGCACAUUACGAAACCACAGGACCCGAAAUUUGGAGGCAAACGGGUCACCACGUAGAUGCCUUUGUCGCAACAGUAGGAACUGCCGGCACCUUUAUGGGUACUACAAAAUAUUUAAAAGAACAAAAUCCCGCUAUUAAGGCAUACGUUGUGGAACCAGCUGGUGCUGAAGCUAUUAAAGGUGAUCCGAUCACGAAACCCCUUCAUUUGCUUCAAGGUUCCGGAUACGGUACUGUCCCAAAUUUAUUCAAAUACGAGCAUAUGGAUGGUACACUGAGCGUGACUGAUGAGGAAGCUGUUAAAUAUAAAGAAUUGGCUGGCGAGAAAGAGGGUUUGUACGUGGGUUACACGAGUGGUGCUAAUAUAGCGGGCGCUGUUAAAUUGCUGAAGUCCGGAAAGUUGCCCGAGAACGCGUGGGUUGUGACUACGCUUAAUGACACAGGUCUCAAAUAUUCACCAAGGAAGUAG